UAUACGUCAGUCGGGGUAGUGGUGCAGAAAGCAAGUGGAGACACAACCCGGCCACUCCCUUUUUUCAACACAUCAACCCUGUCUUUUGAGCGAGGUUAUCCAUUUUCUUCUCGAGAAGUUCAUAUACUUUUCGAGGAUCGAAAAGGGGACAUUUGGGGAUCCCUCUCUUCUGAAACUCUUCACCCCUUCUGACUUUUUAUAUUACUGGUUUUCUUUCGAAGAAAACGAUCUUUAAAAUGGGGAGGACAGUUUUGUCACUCGUCGCCGUAUUCGUUGUCGUCGGCAGCCUGGUCCAGGCUCAAGAUUCAACGGCACCGGAGAUCUUCAACUGCCCGACCGGUAUCUCCACCAGGGUCGACAACCUUGGGGACACCGGGGUUGUUACCUGGACCCAGCCGACAGCAACUGACAACAGCGGUCAAACCGUCACCACCACCCAGUCGCACAACCCCGGUUCUGCUUUCCCGGUGGGCUUCACGGCUGUAACCUACGUCUUCCGUGACACGUCGAACAACGCGGCGGUCUGCAGCUUCGUUAUCAGCGUCGGAUUGAAUGGAGACGACAACCCUCCAGUCAUCAGCAACUGCCCAACGGACUUCACUAUCUUCGUGGCAACCAGCAACACUCUGGGGACACCAACCUGGACAGCUCCCUCUGCCAGCGAUGAAACUGGACAGACCCAGUUCACAUCGGACCUGUCACCCCUGACCAGUCUUCCGGUAGGAACAUACCCUGUCACGUACACCUUUGAAGAUCCCUCUAGCAACGAGGCAUUCUGCAACUUUGAGGUGACAAUUGCAGUUGGAACACCAGACACGACCAGCCCUUUCCUUAUCACCUGCCCGCAAGACAUAGCGGUUGCCAACAAUGGCCAGAACUUUGUCCUGGUGACCUGGGAUGCACCAACCGCAUUUGAUGAUUCUGGUGUGAUCAACCAGCUCUCCGGUCCAGCAACGACCUCCCAGUUCUAUCAGGCUGGUACCACCAACACCAUCAGCUACACCUUAUACGAUCCGUCAGGCAACAGUGUGACAUGCUCAUUUUCUGUUACUGUUGCGGCUGUUGGUGACAACACAGCUCCUGCCAUCUUCAAUUGCCCUGCAAAUAUCAAUGUUGUGUUGAGUUUUGGGGAAACCAGCACUGCUGUCACCUGGACCGAGCCCACUGCCACCGACGACUCUGGCUCUGUCUCCAUCCUCAGGAGUCAUGUCCCCGGCCAGUCAUUUUCGUCGGGACUCACCACCGUCACAUACACUUUCACUGACAACUCUGGAAACUUUGACACCUGCAGUUUCGAUGUCAACGUUUUCUCCACCGGUGACGGCACUGACCCUGUCAUCAGUGGGUGUCCAGAUAACAUCAAUGUAGCUAUCCCGACUGGUUCUACCGGAGUCUCUGUCUCAUGGACUGAGCCCACAGCUACAGAUAACUCUGGCGUGGUUCCAUCCUCUACCUCUACUAGGUCUCCUGGAGAUACUUUCAACAUCGGAACAACCCAAGUUUCCUACACAUUUACUGAUGGAUCAGGAAACGACGCUUUCUGUAUAUUUACUGUCACUGUAGCUGUCGCUGCUGACAACAUAGACCCAGUAAUUGCCAACUGCCCUGCAAGCUUUACUGUCGAUGCCGGCAGUAAUAGCCAUAUAUUUGUUACCUGGAAUACACCAACUGCUACUGAUGAUUCUGGGGCAGUCACGCAAGUCUCUGGACCAUCAUCAAACAGUGCCUUUUAUCCAGCUGGAAGCACCAAUGACGUCACUUACGUAUUUCAGGAUGCCUCGGGGAAUGAGGCACAAUGUAGCUUUACAGUGUCCGUUUUGGCCGACGACAUUACUGACCCUGUCAUCACUGGGUGUCCAGAUAACAUCAAUGUAGCUAUCCCAUUUGGUUCUACCGGAGUGUCUGUCACAUGGACUGAGCCAACAGCUACAGAUAACUCUGGCGCAGUUCCGACAUCUAGCGCUGACAGGUCUCCUGGAGAUACUUUUAGUGUUGGCACAACCCAAGUUACCUACACAUUUACUGAUGCGUCGGGAAACGAUGCGUUCUGUAUAUUUUCUGUCACUGUUUCAGCCACUGUGGACAAUACCGACCCUGUCAUCACUGGAUGUCCAGAUAACAUCAAUGUUGUUAUCCCAUUUGGUUCUACCGGAGUAGCUGUUACAUGGACUGAGCCCACAGCUACAGAUAACUCUGGCGCAGUUCCGUUUUCUAGCUCUAACAUAUCUCCUGGAGAUACUUUCAACAUCGGAACAUCCCAAGUUGUCUACACAUUCACCGAUGGAUCAGGAAACGAUGCCCAAUGCUCAUUCUUUGUGACUGUUUCUGCCACCGGUGACGGCACGGACCCUGUCAUCACUGGGUGUCCAGAUAACAUCAAUGUAGUUAUCCCAUUUGGUUCUACCGGAGUAGCUGUAACAUGGACUGAGCCCACAGCUACAGAUAACUCUGGCGCAGUUCCGUUUUCUAGCUCUAACAUAUCUCCUGGAGAUACUUUCAACAUCGGAACAUCCCAAGUUGUCUACACAUUCACCGAUGGAUCAGGAAACGAUGCCCAAUGCUCAUUCUUUGUGACUGUUUCUGCCACUGGUGACGGCACGGACCCUGUCAUCACUGGGUGUCCAGAUAACAUCAAUGUAGUUAUCCCAUUUGGUUCUACCGGAGUAGCUGUAACAUGGACUGAGCCUACAGCUACAGAUAACUCUGGCGCAGUUCCGUCCUCUAGCUCUAACUUAUCUCCUGGAGAUACUUUCAACAUCGGAACAUCCCAAGUUGUCUACACAUUCACUGAUGGAGCAGGAAACGAUGUGCAAUGCUCAUUCUUUGUGACUGUUUCUGCCACCAGUGACGGCACGGACCCUGUAAUCACUGGGUGUCCAGAUAACAUCAAUGUAGUUAUCCCAUUUGGUUCUACCGGAGUAGCUGUAACAUGGACUGAGCCUACAGCUACAGAUAACUCUGGCGCAGUUCCGUCCUCUAGCUCUAACUUAUCUCCUGGAGAUACUUUCAACGUCGGAACAUCCCAAGUUGUCUACACAUUCACUGAUGGAUCAGGAAACGAUGCCCAAUGCCCAUUCUUUGUGACUGUUUCUGCCACCGGUGACAAUACUGACCCUGUCAUCACUGGAUGUCCAGAUAACAUCAAUGUAGUUAUCCCAUUUGGUUCUACCGGAGUAGCUGUAACAUGGACUGAGCCCACAGCUACAGAUAACUCUGGCGCAGUUCCGUCCUCUAGCUCUAACUUAUCUCCUGGAGAUACUUUCAACGUCGGAACAUCCCAAGUUGUCUACACAUUCACUGAUGGAUCAGGAAACGAUGCCCAAUGCCCAUUCUUUGUGACUGUUUCUGCUACUGGUGACAACACUGACCCUGUCAUCACUGGAUGUCCAGAUAACAUCAAUGUAGCUAUCCCAUUUGGUUCUACCGGAGUGUCUGUCACAUGGACUGAGCCCACAGCUACAGAUAACUCUGGCGCAGUUCCGACAUCUAGCUCUAAUAGGUCUCCUGGAGAUACUUUCAUCGUCGGAACAUCCCAAGUUGUCUACACAUUCACUGAUGGGGCAGGAAAUGAUGCCCAAUGCCCAUUCUUUGUGACUGUUUCUGCUGCUGGGGACAACAUAGAUCCCGUCAUUUUCGACUGCCCUGCAAGUUUUAGUGUCGAUGCCGGCAACAAUGAUUUCGUCUUUGUCUUCUGGAAUUCCCCGACUGCCACUGAUGAUUCUGGGACAGUCACGCAAGUUGCUGGACCAUCCUCCAACAACGGCUUCUAUCAGGCCGGUACGGUCAACGAAGUCACCUAUGUGUUUGAGGAUGGUGCUGGUAACCAGGCAACGUGUACUUUCACAGUCGCUGUAACAGCCACUGUUGACAACACAGACCCAGUGAUCAGUGGUUGUCCGAGCGACAUCACUGUCCAGACGACUUUGGAUGGCACUGCAGUGGCAGUCACCUGGAACGAGCCUACUGCAACGGAUGACAGUGGCCCAGUUCAAGUAGUUCAGUCUGCUAAUCCUGGAGACACGUUCAAUCCUGGUACAACCGUUGUCACAUACACUUUCACUGACGCCGCCGGAAACGAUGCCUUCUGUAUAUUUGAGGUAUCUGUUGAAACCACUAUUGAUGUCACUUCACCUGUCAUUAAUGACUGCCCCACUGAUAUAACCGUUCAAACAACAUUGGGUGGCGCUGCGGUAGCACUAACAUGGACCGAACCAACUGCUACGGAUAAUUCUGGAUCAGUGUCGUCAACGUCAUCUUCCAGUCCUGGCGAUUCGUUCCCUGUUGGAACAACUCUUGUUGUUUAUACAUUUAGCGAUGAUUCUGGAAAUACAGCUGUGUGUUCUUUCACUGUAACGGUUGAGGCCACCGUUGAUGUCACUGCACCUAUUAUUAAUGACUGUCCCACUGAUAUUACCGUUCAAACAACAUUGGGUGGCUCUGCGGUAGCACUAACAUGGACCGAACCAACAGCUACGGAUAAUUCUGGAUCAGUGUCGUCAACGUCAUCUUCCAGUCCUGGCGAUUCGUUCCCUGUUGGAACAACUCUUGUUGUUUAUACAUUUAGCGAUGAUUCUGGAAAUACAGCUGUGUGUUCUUUCACUGUAACGGUUGAGGCCACCGUUGAUGUCACUGCACCUAUUAUUAAUGACUGCCCCACUGAUAUAACUGUUCAAACAACAUUGGGUGGCACUGCGGUAGCACUAACAUGGACCGAGCCAACAGCUACGGAUAAUUCUGGAUCAGUGUCGUCAACGUCAUCUUCAAGUCCUGGCGAUUCGUUCCCUGUUGGAACAACUCUUGUUGUUUAUACCUUUAGCGAUGAUUCUGGCAAUACAGCUGUGUGUUCUUUUACUGUAACGGUUGAGGCCACCGUUGAUGUCAAUGCACCUAUUAUUAAUGACUGCCCAACUGAUAUAACCGUUCAAACAACAUUGGGUGGCGCUGCGGUAGCACUAACAUGGACCGAGCCAACAGCUACGGAUGAUUCUGGAUCAGUGUCGUCAACGUCAUCCUCAAGUCCUGGCGAUUCGUUCCCUGUCGGAACAACUCUUGUUGUUUAUACCUUUAGCGAUGAUUCUGGCAAUACAGCUUUGUGUUCUUUCACUGUUACGGUUGAGGCCACCGUUGAUGUCACUGCACCUAUUAUUAAUGACUGCCCAACUGAUAUAACCGUUCAAACAACAUUGGGUGGCACUGCGGUAGCACUAACAUGGACCGAGCCAACCGCUACGGAUGAUUCUGGAUCAGUGUCGUCAACGUCAUCUUCAAGUCCUGGCGAUUCGUUCCCUGUCGGAACAACUCUGAUUGUUUAUACCUUUAGCGAUGAUUCUGCCAAUUCUGCUGUGUGUUCUUUCACUGUUACGGUUGAGGCCACCAUUGAUGUCACUGCACCUGUAAUUAACAACUGUCCUGAAGACAUAACUAUCCAGACAGCACUAGGUGAUACCGCAGUUGCAGUAACUUGGACUGAACCAACAGCUGUUGAUGAUUCUGGAGCAGUCACAUCAUCAUCGUCGUCCAUUCCAGGGGAUUCUUUCCCUGUCGGAACAACUAUUGUGGUUUAUACAUUUAGCGAUGAUUCUGCCAAUUCAGCUUUGUGUUCAUUUAGUAUCACAGUUGAGGCUACCAUAGACAACACACCUCCCGUGAUCAGUGGGUGCCCUUCCAGUAUCACCGUCAACAGUGUGUCCGACAACAACCAGGUGUCUGUCACGUGGUUGGAGCCAACAGCCACCGACAACUCGGGACAGAUUCCAACCGCAGUGAGCUCUAGGAGUCCUGGAGACAUGUUCCCCAUUGGAUCCACCGUGGUCGGUUACACUUUCGUUGACGGCAAUAACAAUCCUGCCAGCUGUACCUUUACCGUCACCGUCAUUGACAACAACGGACCCGUCAUCAGUGACUGUCCAAUUGACAUCUCGGUCACUGUUCCAUUUGGCACUACCGGUGUCUCCGUCACCUGGAAUCCUCCCUCAGCAGUCGAUAACUCUGGUGGAAAUGUGAUUGUGACUUCAACCGACAACCCCGGCGAUACCUUCCCAUUGGGCCUAACACAAGUCACCUACACCUUCUCCGAUGCCCAGAACAACCCUGCUCAGUGUAGCUUCAACGUUAUCGUUCUUGCUCAGAAUGACAACAUUGAUCCAGUCAUUUCCGGCUGUCCCGGUAACAUCAUUGUGGACAGUGAAAGCGAUACAAACGGUGUUGCUGUUACAUGGACAGAGCCUUUGGCGUUCGACAACUCCGGAAAUACCCCAGCAGUAACCCGAACGAUUGGCCCUGGUUCUAUCUUCCUGAUCGGCGAGACUACCGUCAUGUAUACCUUUACCGAUGAUGCAGGAAAUAUGGCCAUCUGUACUUUUAAUGUCAGAGUUAAUGAUGCCACCUCACCUUCCAUCGUCAACUGCCCCUCCGAUGUCGCCCUCUCGGUGCCUUUUGGAACCACAAGUGCCGUUGUCACAUGGACAGUGCCCACAGCCACCGACAACUCUGGCGGUGCUGUCACAUCGACCAGCACAUCAUCUCCCGGUGAUGUCUUCAUAGUUGGCUUCACCCGGAUCAUCUAUACCUUCACAGAUGCCCAGAACAACCCUGCCGUGUGCUCCUUCAAUAUCAUCAUCACAGUGCUUGGAGAUACCGUUGACCCCGUUAUCGUUGACUGCCCGCCAAACCUUGAAGUCACCGCGGACAGCUCCCGCAAUGGUGCUUCUGUGACAUGGACAGCACCAUCGGCUACCGAUAACUCUGGAUCAGUCAAUGUUGUGUUCUCAGCUUCUCCUAAUGAUUUCUUCCUCAUUGGAGAAACCACUGUGACAUACACCUUUACAGAUCCAACUGGCAAUGAUGCCAUCUGCUCCUUCAAUGUUCUUGUGUCUGACAAUACCGAUCCCAUGAUCCAGAACUGUCCUAAUGACAUUUCCCUCACGGUGCCAUUCGGACAGACCUCUGCCGUGGUAACCUGGACGGUUCCCUCGGCUACCGAUAACUCUGGCUUUGUUUCGCUGACAUCCAACAAUGCCAAUCCCGGAGACUCCUUCACAGUUGGUGGUAACACUCAGAUCGUGUAUAUCUUCACUGAUGAUUUCACCAACGAUGCCAUUUGUACUUUCAAUAUCUUUGUUGUGGCUCUUGGUGACACCAGCAUCCCAACGAUCUCAGAUUGCCCAUCCACCAUUGCUGUCCAGGCAAGCGAAAACCUACCCGGGGCCAGCGUCGACUGGACAGUCCCGACUGCUGUUGACAACGAUGGCAACAAUCCACAGGUUUUCGUCAGCAAUGCUCCAGGCUUCUUCUCCAUUGGAACCACAACGGUGACUUACACCUUUAGGGAUACUGCUGGCAACGAGGCAUUCUGUAUCUUUGAUGUCGUCGUUAUCGAUAACACCGACCCUGUUGUGACUAACUGCCCAACCAAUAUCAAUCUGGACGUGCCUUUUGGUACCACCUCUACUGCGAUCACAUGGCAGGUCCCUCAGGCUAACGACAACUCUGGUAGCGUACAAACCAGCAACAACGCCAACCCUGGGGAUCUCUUCACCGCUGGCAUUGCCACGCAGGUCUCGUACACCUUCACAGAUGCUUCCAACAACUUCCAAGUCUGUAACUUCCUGGUGACCAUCGACAUCGGACCGGACAUGACUGAUCCAGUCAUCACUGGGUGCCCACAAAACAUUGCUGAAGUACUACCAGACGAUGCUCCUGCAGUUGUUGUUGAAUGGACCGUCCCCACCGCCACAGACAACUCUGGCAAUGUACCAUUAUUGGUCUCUACUGCCAAUAGUGGUGACGUCUUUACGAUUGGAACUACCACGGUUACGUACACCUUCAGAGAUCUGGCAAGCAAUGAGGCCAUUUGCUCAUUCACCGUUACAAUUUUCGACCAAACAUCUCCUACAUUCCUCUUCUGUCCUGACGACAUCACCUUGGUGGUUUCUCUUGGAACUCCAACUGCUGUUACUACCUGGACGACACCCGUUGCCCAGGACAACUCGGGUACUGUCAAUCUCAUCAGCCAGAGUGCUACUGCAGGAGAUGAAUUCCAGGCAGGUACCGUUACCACAGUAACAUACCUUUACCAGGAUGAAAGCGGCAACCCAAGUACUUGUUCCUUUGAUGUCACAGUCAACACACUGGAUGACCUGAGACCAGAAAUCAUCAGCUGUCCAAUCAAUAUCGCUGUUGAGGUCGAGAUUGGCGUCGGUGGUACCGCUGUCACCUGGGCUAUCCCAACAGCUACGGACAACUCUGGUGUGGCCCCAACCGUAGUGAACAACUUCAACCCUGGAGACUUCUUCGAUGUUGGAUCAACUGUCGUCAUCUACACCUUCACCGAUGGCGGUGGAAAUGACGCUCAGUGCGCCUUCAAUGUUGCUGUCUCUGGUGUGGACACCACUCCUCCCCUCAUCCAGUUCUGCCCAGGCGAUAUCUCAGUAACAACUGACGUCACCACUACCGGUGCUGUGGUUGAUUGGGAUCGACCAAUUGUUGCCGAUGCUUCUGGUCAACCAAUCAGCAUCGUCGUUUCAAAGGCUCCUAGUACCUUCUUCGAUGUAGGAACAACCGAGGUCACAUACGACUUUGUGGAUUCCUCCGGAAACAGUAUUUCCUGCACUUUUGAUGUAACCGUUGUUGCAAUUGACGAGGACGGUCCUGUCAUCACUGGUUGCCCUGGCAACAUCCUCCGCACUGUCCUGGAUGACACCACCGGUGGCAUCAUCACCUGGGCCGUGCCCGUUGUGGCCGACAACUCUGGUGAAGAGGUUCAGCUUUUGAGCAAUCCUGCUACUCCAGGAAGCUUCUUCCCUGUGGGAACGACCUCCGUCUCCUACGUGUACGCCGAUGGCGCAGGAAACAUCGAGGAGUGCGAUUUCGACAUCAUAAUUGACCAAGAUUCUCCAUGCAACGUGAGUCCCUGUGAGAACGGUGGUGUGUGUCUUGCACAGAGUUUGACUGACUACGUCUGUGUCUGCGCAGGAUGCUUCACUGGAGUCAACUGUCAGAUUGAACUUGAUCCUUGCGCCGGUAACACGUGUGCCAAUGGCGGCCAGUGUGUCCAAUACGACAACUCCUGCACACGCUACUACUGUGAAUGCCCGUCAUGCUACUAUGGAGACUUCUGUGAAAACCGUGUCGAUGCCUGUGCAUGCAACAAGUGUGAAAACGGAGGAGUUUGCUUGCCUAUCUCGGGUGGCACCUGCACAGACUACAACUGCCUCUGCACUGGAUGCUUUGUCGGACAGUUCUGUGAAAACGAGUACAACCCAUGCGAAAAUGUACCAUGCCAGAACGGUGGAAUCUGCAGUAACAUUGCUGACUCGUGCUCUGCCUAUGGCUGUGAGUGCCAGGGUUGCUUCACAGGAUACAGUUGUGAAAUUGCUAUCGCUGAUCCAUGUGAUGCUGAUCCCUGUGCUAAUGGAGGAGUGUGCUCUCGCGUUUCUGGAAGCUGUUAUGCUUAUCAGUGUGCCUGCCAGCCCGGCUUUGCUGGACCUCGCUGCGAUGAUGCUGUUGUAAUUCUGGUUAACCCCUGUAACAACUUCCCCUGCGAGAAUGGUGCGUCCUGCGUCUGUGACAACGCACAGAACUAUGUCUGUCUCUGCCCACAAGGCUUCAAUGGAAUUCACUGUGAAGUUGGACUAAUAACAUCCCAGGAUGCCUGCUCCAACAACCCAUGUCUGAACAAUGGCAAUUGCGUCAACAGCUACCACAGUGGCACCGAGGUGUUGGGAGUGUACAGCCCACAGUACACGUGUGUCUGCGUAGACGGAUUCACAGGAACCAACUGUGCAUUGACUGCAGCCAUCAACCCAAAUCUUGAAGUGUGUGACGAUAACAAAUGUGACAACGGUGGCGUCUGUCACAAUACCUUCUACAGCUAUGACCAGAGUGUGUCGUACUUCUGUGACUGCCCAAUAGGUUUCUUCGGAGAAUGCUGCGAACUUACUGUCCCCAAUCCUUGUUUCAGCAACCCCUGUACUGCCAAUGGUAACUGUGUAGCCUUCAACACCUACUUCGUCUGUUCAUGUCUCAAUGGAUACACUGGAGUCACCUGUGAGGUCCCACCAAACGAUAUCAACCGCCCAGUCCUUGUCUGCCCAGAAGACGUGACCGUGCCCGCAACCACUACCAGUGGUGGUGCCGCUGUGACCUGGAAUCUGCCUACAGUCACCGAUGACUCUGGAAACUGGGGCUUUGUCUCUGUCAAUAGCGAAUCCGGAGCUUACUAUGCCAUUGGCACCGUACUACCCGUCACCUACACCUACAUCGAUGGCGCAGGAAACCCUGCCACUUGCACCUUCACAAUCUCCGUUACUGAACUUGACAACAUCGACCCAGAGGUCGUGGCUUGUCCAGAUGACAUUGAAAUCACCCUGCCACCUGGUGGACUCGGCACCGUGGUGUCCUGGUUGGCACCCCUUGCCACCGACAACUUUGCCGUUGUCAACACUGACAACAACUUCAGUCCAGGAAAUAACUUUGAUCUUGGUUCCACCUUGGUCUCGUACACCUUCACCGAUGCUGCUGGCAACUUUGAAGUGUGUUCAUUCACUGUUAGUAUCGAAGCCGAACCGGACGUUAGCGCACCUCUGAUCACGAACUGUCCUGGAGAUCUCGACAUCGAGGUUGGACCUAAUACCGUGUCAUCUGUUGCAACAUGGAUCGAACCCUCCGCCACCGACAACGUUGGUGUCAUCACAACCUCCAAUAACUUUAGCCCUGGCGCGACUUUCAAUAUCGGCACCACUGUGGUUACUUAUAUCUUUGCUGAUGCAGCUGGAAAUCCAGCUUCAUGUAGCUUUGAUGUGACCGUCAUUGUUGGGGAAGAUCAGAUUGCCCCCAUUGUCCAGAACUGUCCCGGAAACAUUGCCAUCUUUGUCGGUGUGAGCAUCACCGAGACUGCCGUAACCUGGAUCGAACCAUCCGCAGUAGAUAACUCAAUUGGAGCCAUCUCGGUCGUAAAGAACUAUUCACCAGGAGAUACCUUCCCACUCGGAGCCACUCUUGUCUCCUACAGGUUUACCGACUUGGCAGGCAACUUCGCCGAUUGCGAGUUCUUUGUCGGCCUUCAAGUCGCUGUCGACGAUGUUGACCCUGUCAUCUCCAACUGCCCCAACGAUGUCGUUCUGAGCGUCGCCCAAGGCGUCACCAUGGUUACCGCAUCCUGGGUGCCGCCCACAGCUGUGGAUAACUCUGGAAGCUUCAGCACCGUUAGCCUCUAUGUCCCAGGGAAUGUCUUCGACCUUGGCUCUACUGCCGUGACCUAUACCUUCACCGAUCCCUCAGGCAACUUUGCCGUGUGCGCCUUCAAUGUCAUCGUUACUCUUGCUGCUGAUGUUGUACCUCCUGAGAUCUCAAACUGCCCCGGGGCCAUCAGUGUAGAGGUCAGUACAAGCCUGUCCACUGCUUCCGUCUCUUGGGAUGAGCCUACCGCUGUGGAUGCAUCCGGUAUCGUGCUGACCAACCAGAACUUCAACCCUGGACACCUCUUCGCGGUGGGUACCACUGCCGUCACCUAUACCUUCACUGACCAGGCCGGCAAUCCCGCUAUCUGUUCCUUCGUGGUUACAGUCACAGCCAUCGACGACAUUGCACCUGUCAUCAUCAGUUGCCCCAACACCAUCACCUAUGAGGCACCCCUGGGUGCUACCAGUGCACCCGUCACCUGGAACCCUCCAAGCGUUUCAGAGGAAGGUAUCACGACCACCCAGACUUCUACGCCAGGCUCCAACUUCGCUCUGGGUACCACUCAGGUCACCUACACCUUCACUGAUCUCCUCGGCAACAUGGCUACCUGUUCCUUCACAGUGGUCAUUAUAACUACUAUGGACAAUACACGUCCCGUCAUCGUAACCUGCCCUGAUGAUGUCAGCGUCCGUGUCGACGUCGGAGUCACCAGGGGUACAGCCACUUGGACAGUACCUACUGCCACUGACGAUUCUGGCACUGUCAAUGUUGCCAGCAACUAUAAUCCAGGCGAUUUCUUCGAUAUUGGUACCACUUUGGUUGCAUACACACUCAGUGAUGACGAGGGCAACUCUAUCAAUUGCGACUUCUUUGUCAUUGUAACCGCUGCAACUGACGACAUUAUCCCUGAGGUCUCCGACUGUCCGGAUGAUGUGGUCAUCUUCGUUCCCCAGGGUACAACCAGGGCCAAUGUGUACUGGAUCGAACCUACUGCCAUGGACAACUUUGGUGACAUCACCGUCAGUCAGUCCGCCAGUCCCGGAAGCCUCUUUGCUUUAGGUCCGAGUAGCGUGACCUACACCUUCAGAGACGGGGCCAACAACGUCGCCUUCUGUAUUUUCGACGUCUUUGUUCGAGUGGCACUACCCGAUGAGAGUUCGCCAGUUCUUAUCUCAUGCCCCGAUGACAUUACCGUCGCAACCUCGGACGGUAAUACGGCUGUUCCUGCCUCGUGGCUUGUCCCUCAAGCUGUCGAUGACUCUGGUGUCGUCAACGUUGAUAACAACAAUGGCCCCGGUGACCUCUUCAACCUAGGCACCAACACUGUCACGUACACUUUCACUGACAAUGCUGGAAACUUUGUUGUCUGCUCAUUCGAUGUCAACGUAAUCCUUGGCGUUGUUGAUAGAACGGAUCCGAUCAUCAAUGGCUGUCCAUUAAACAUUGAAAUCGUGACCCCUGUGGGUGAGCCAGAGGUGGUAGUAACCUGGAAUGAACCCAGCGGCUUUGACAACUCUGGCAGAGUCACCGUCACUCAAAGUGCAUCCCCGGGAGACAUCUUUGGAGAGGGCGUCACUCAGGUUGUCUACCAGUUCAGCGAUGCCAGUGGAAAUGAUGCCUUCUGUAUCUUCACUGUCACCGUUAUCCUGGACAUCCAAGUUGAUUUUGAGGGUCCUGCCAUCAGCAACUGCCCCGACGAUCUGGUCCUGAACGUUCCUUCUGGAAUUGCUACCGUGUCAGCAUCUUGGCAAGAACCAACAGCUUCUGAUGUAUCUCUCCCUAUCACGCUGGCCCAGUCUGCCAGUCCAGGUGAUGAGUUUGUAGUCGGUCAGAACACCUUGGUCACCUAUACCUUCUCAGAUGCUUUCAACAACCCGUCCAUAUGUGCUUUUAGCGUCAUUGUUUUAGUCACAAACGUAGACAACACCGAUCCAGUCAUCUCCAACUGUCCUGCUGACAUCAACCUGUCUGUUCCAGCCGGCCUCAACAAUGUGGCCCUCACCUGGACUGAGCCGACUGCUGUAGAUGACACCAGUGCUGUCAACGUCGCCCAGACUGCCGCUCCCGGAGAUGCCUUCCUCGCCGGGCAGACCACCAUCGUCACCUACACCUUCACUGACGCUUCAGGAAACUUUGCCAGAUGCAGUUUCCAAAUCAUUAUCAGUGUGAUCAACGCAGACAACACCGACCCUGUGGUUAGCAACUGCCCAGAAUCAAUCUUCUUGACCGUUGGCGCCGGCGUGACCGGCGUUCCUGUGGUCUGGACCGAACCAACUGCUGUAGAUGAGACCAGUGCUGUCACUGUCUCCCAGAGUGCAUCACCAGGAGACAACUUCAACAUCGGACCGACCGUUGUCAGCUACACCUUCACUGAUGCAGCUGGAAACGAUGCCUUCUGUUUCUUCACAGUGACCAUCACAGUGAACAACGCAGACAACACCGACCCUGUGGUUAGCAACUGCCCAGAAUCAAUCUUCUUGACCGUUGGCGCCGGCGUGACCGGCGUUCCUGUGGUCUGGACCGAACCAACUGCUGUAGAUGAGACCAGUGCUGUCACUGUCUCCCAGAGUGCAUCACCAGGAGACAACUUCAACAUCGGACCGACCGUUGUCAGCUACACCUUCACUGAUGCAGCUGGAAACGAUGCCUUCUGUUUCUUCACAGUGACCAUCACAGUGAACAACGCAGACAACACCGACCCUGUGGUUAGCAACUGCCCAGAAUCAAUCUUCUUGACCGUUGGCGCCGGCGUGACCGGCGUUCCUGUGGUCUGGACCGAACCAACUGCUGUAGAUGAGACCAGUGCUGUCACUGUCUCCCAGAGUGCAUCACCAGGAAACAACUUCAACAUCGGACCGACCGUUGUCAGCUACACUUUCACGGAUGCAGCUGGAAACGAUGCCUUCUGUAUCUUCACAGUGACCAUCACAGCCGCUUCAGAUAACACCCCGCCGAUGAUAAGCGGGUGUCCAGGGGACAUCAUUGCCACGGCUGGCAUCUCCUCCAACACUGUGGUCACUUGGGAAGAGCCCAUUGCAUUUGAUGACUCUGGCUCAGUAAGCGUCACAAGGAACCUGGCCCCCGGAUCAUCUUUUCCCGUUGGCACAACAGAAGUUAUUUACACCUUCACAGAUGAAUCGGGCAACACAAACUUCUGUGCUUUUGAUGUCACUGUUAUUGCGAACGUUGACAACACCGACCCUGUGGUUAUCAACUGCCCAGGAAGCAUCUCCUUGACCGUCGGUGCCGGCGUGACCAACGUUCCUGUGGUCUGGACCGAACCCACUGCUUUGGAUGAGACCAGUGCUGUCACCGUCUCCCAGAAUGCACAACCAGGAGACAACUUUAACCUUGGAUCGACCGUCGUCAGCUACACGUUCACGGAUGCAGCUGGAAACGAUGCCCCCUGUACCUUCACUAUUACCAUUACAGCCCAAUCAGCUGGAGAUAACACAGCACCCGUGAUCAGUGACUGUCCUAAUGACAUCAUCUUGAAUGUCCCUGUCGGCGUCACCAGCGUUCCCUUGACCUGGAAUGAGCCGACUGCUAUUGAUGAAACCAGCGCGGUGACGGUCACUCGUACUGCAGCUCCUGGAACAUCGUUCACUGCUGGAACCUCAACGGAUGUUAUUUACACCUUUACCGACGCUUCUGGCAAUUUUGAUGACUGCAUCUUCACUGUCACACUGUUUGCUUCCAACAGUGACCUCACUCCUCCUGUCAUCAGUGGAUGCCCCUCGGACAUCACAGCCUUUGUGACUCCAGGAGUCGCCAGCACUGCCGUGUCCUGGACCGCACCCACGGCUGUUGAUGCGGUGUCUACUGUGUCCUUUACCACAACAAAUGCCCCAGGAAGCCAGUUCAACCUUGGAAGUACCCAGGUUAUGUACACCUUCACAGAUGUAGCAGGAAACGAUGCAUUCUGUAUCUUCAAUGUUAACGUUGCAUCUGAUAAUACUCUGCCCACGAUUGCUGGCUGUCCGAGUGAUAUUGUUCAGACCAUUGCCGAGGGCACGUCCAGCGUGCAGGUCACGUGGACCGAGCCGACUGCAAGUGAUGCCGCAGGGGGGCUGGUGAUGGAAGAGUCAACAGCCUCACCAGGAGCCGUCUUCUCUAUCGGGGUCACCCCCGUUACAUAUACCUUCACUGAUAGUUCAGGCAAUUUUGCACAGUGCACAUUUAAUGUCGUUGUUUCAACCAGCAACACUGACAACACUGUUCCUGUCAUCUCUGACUGCCCACUCGACCUCUCCAUCUCCGACAUUGGGCUCGAUGGGUCACAGGUCGCCACUUGGGUGGAACCCACCGCCACUGAUAACUCCGCCGUGACUGUGACCAGGACCAACGCACCUGGGAACAGCUUCCCUCUGGGCACCACUACAGUGACCUACACGUUCACCGAUACCAGCAACAACUUCGCCAUCUGCGAGUUCGAUGUGGUCGUUACAGCGAGCACACCAUGUGACAGCAACCCUUGUCCCGCGGACGAACAAUGCUUCUACAGUGCUGACACGUACCUCUGCUUACCACAAGUUGCUGGAAGGAGGCGAAGGGGAGCUGACGGUAUUUCUAUGGCUGAAGACUGUCCUUGUCUGAACGAUGGCCUGUGCGAGAAGGAUCACAAUGAUAACAACAGAUGCAUCUGCAAACCAGGCUUCUUCGGACCACUCUGCGAAAAUGAAAUUAUGGUCCUCGACCCGUGCCAGCCCAACCCCUGUGGUAGUAAUGGAACAUGCCGACAUACCCCUCGAGGAAGCACCCUCUCCUUUAUCUGUGACUGUGCACCCGAAUACAGCGGCCGAUACUGUGAAAAGAUGGUUAUGAAUUCCUUCACCGAUGAGCAGACGACCAAGGAGCUACAGCAGAUCAUCAAGAACCAGACCUGGAUGUCUUGGGCUUUCCUCACCGGGUGCUUCAUCCUCGUCAUCACCAUCCUCCUCCUCCUUGUUGGCCUCGCCUGCAUCGUCCCUCGCUACAGGUCGUCGAUACGUACUGGCAAGCCGGCACUGGAUGAGAUAACCCUAGUCCAGUAAUUAGUCGGAGAAUAAUGGCAGAUUGGGAUAAAACUGCCAUAGAGUGUGGUCAUUGACUUGCAAAUGUCCAACCUGGAUAAGACUUGCUCUAUUCUGCGGCAAUCGGAGUCGAUAUAUACUUUAUUUUAUGUUAUUCCCAUCCUGUUAAAGAUAUAUAUGUAUACUUAUAUAUUCUUUAAAUGUUUUUGUUUUAUAUAUUUAGAUAGCAAUGCAAGUAUAUUGCAUUGAUUCCUUUGUAGAAUAAGCAGUAUGGUAACUAUUACAUAUUGACAGAUGCCGUGUGGGACAGAAUUUCUUUUAAUGUCUCCAGCACCAACGUAUACAAUACAUUUUGUUCAAACUGUUGCUGGUGUAUAUAAAGGUUAUUAUUUGAUAGACAUCAUUUUUACAAUGAAAUCUGAAAUGUUUCUAUUUGUUUUUCUCACAGACACUUUUAUAAUCAUACUGCUUUAGAAUAGCAGGCCAUGUCUUGUAAUGUCGAGUGAAAUGAAAGGCAAUAGGUAAAGAUGUCGUUUUACUGCAUAGCACAUAUUUAUGAACUUGUUAGCUUCUGGUUAUAAACGCAGCUUCUUAGUUUGUGAAUAUUUUCUGUAUCUUUUAUUUUUGAAUAAUUCUCGUUCUCUGCGUAUCUAAUUAUUUCUGAGCAUCUUACAAAAGAGUGAUUUAAAAAAAUAUAAUGAUUCAUAGAAUCAAAUUCUUAACUUUUACUUAAAGUUUUGUUAUCACAUUUGCAAAGUUUUUUCUUGCAUGAUGUGUUUGUAAUUUUUCUACGGCACAGUGAUUCAUCCUGACAAUAAUAAAAUGAAUUUGAAUGAACCAUAA